AUAUUAACAAAAUUUUCUUUCUUUAAACGACUUGUAAUAGUUUAGCAAUAUAAUUAAAAAUGGGUAAAUCUCGUGGUUACAGAUCUGGUACUCGUUACGCUUUCCAACGUGACUUCAAGAAGCACGGUGCUAUUGCUUUAUCCACCUACUUGAAGAUCUACAAGGUCGGAGAUAUUGUUGAUAUCAAGGCCAACGGUUCUAUCCAAAAGGGUAUGCCACACAAGUACUACCACGGUAAGACUGGUAUUGUUUACAACGUCACCAAGUCUUCUGUCGGUGUUAUAAUCAACAAGGUUGUUGGUAACAGAUACCUUGAAAAGAGAGUUAACUUGAGAGUUGAACACGUUAAGCACUCUGCUUGUCGUCAAGAAUUCUUGAACAGAGUUAAGUCUAACGCUGCUGCUAAGGCUGAAGCCAAGGCCAAGGGUGAACAAGUCAACUUGAAGAGACAACCAGCUAAGCCAAGAGGUGCUAGAGUUAUCUCUACCGAAGGUAACGUUCCUCAAACCUUAGCCCCAGUUCCUUACGAAACUUUCAUUUAAUCGGUUUUACCACUUACUUCAUUUAUAUCUUUUUUUAAAAGAAAAUUAUAUAAAUUAAUGCACAUAUAAAAAGAUAACUUAUUGUACAAUGUAGCUAAUUUGUAUUGAUAAUGUAUAGUGUAAUUGAUUGCUGUUGCCAUCGCUAGAGUAUAUUAUGUAGUGUGUAAGAAAUUAGUUAGCAUAGCUAUAGUUUGGCAGCAAUCACGUGCGCACCAAAAUGUGUGCACUUGUAAGGACAACAUUCAGAAAAAACGCCAGUUGUCUAAAUAUAGGAUAAUACUCCGCAGAUAAUCAACAAAUAUAGUAGACCUAUUGGGUAAGACAUGUCGUCACAAGAGUCUACUUCAGUAGACGAUACAGUAGCAGUCACACCAAGCAAACCAUCGAAUGUGUUUGGAAAUGCCUUACAAUCUUGGGUUGAGAUCGAUUUACCUUCACUACAAAAGAAAUUGGAUGAUCAAGGAUUACAUUUAAAAGAGGAACAAAAGAGUUCGUUGAUAAGCAGAAAGAACUUAGCCGCUAAGACUAAGGAAUUCAGGAAAUUAGACGACGGCGAUAAGUUACAAGAAUGGAAGGGGUUGUUGAAGUUGUAUCAAAAUGAAAUUGAUAACUUGACUAACAAAAAUAAGACCGUAGAGAAUUAUUUCUUUGGAAUAUAUAGAUUGUUGGCCGAGGCACCUGAUCCUCGUCCUUUAUUGGAGAUGUCAUUGGACUCAGUGUUAGAAUCAAAGGAGGCUUCUACUCUUCGCGAGCAAGUGGAUAAAUUGAAUAAUGAAUUAGCAAGAAAGGCUGAUUAUGACCAGUUAAAGCAAAGACUAUUGCAAAACGAGCAAAAGGCUGCGGAAACACUCAGUGCGAGAUUGCAAGCUAAAGAAGACGAGUUCAAAUCUUUGAUUGACGAAAAGCAAUCGAACUGGUUGGAAAAGGAGAAGCAGUUGCAAAACCAAAUCAAGAGAGCCCAGAAACAAAUCGAGGAAUUAAGAACAUCAAACGAAGUCACCGAAAGACAGUUGGAUAACAAAAAUAAACAUGACCCAACAUCAUCAGCUUCAAUCUUAGCAGAAUUGGACAUUGUUUCUAGAGAUGCAAAUUCUUCUAAACAAAGAAUUUUCGAAUUAGAAAAGCGAAAUGAGGAAUUACGAAGAGAAUUGUCUAAAUCUAAGAACGAUGUGGAAAUAAAUAGCAUCAAAAAUGAGUUCCAAACAAAAGUUUCUGAACUUGAAGGAGAAAACGCAUUGUUACUUGCCAAUCUCGAUCAAACAAGACGAAAGUUGGCUGACAUAUCCAAGGAGCACACUGCUAAAGUUGAUGCUAAUAACCGAGAGAUUUCUCGAAUGAACCAAGAAAUCAAGAGUUUGAAAACUCGAUUAGACCAAUCGUCAGAUUACGAAGAAAUCAAGAACGAAUUACAAUUGUUAAAGCAAAUUGAGUUUGGCUAUGAAGAAGUGCUGAAGGACGCAUCUGAAUCUCAUAUUGAUUCAAUUCUUGUAGAAAGAAACAAGGCACUUACACAAGAGUUGGCCGAACAUAGAUCACAACAUAAUGACUUACUUUCAAGAAUCCAGGAAUUGGAGACUAAUUUGCAAGCAUCCACCCAAGAGUUGAAUCAAGCGCAAAUGUUGAAUGAAAAGUUAGAAAACGAUUUGGCUGCUUUCCAAGACGUGGCAAGUUCAGCCAAGUUUAACGAUAAUGCUAGUUUGAUUUCGGGGUUCUCUCGAGUUACUAGACCCAUCGGAGGUAGAAAUGGAAGUUCGGUUUCCACCACCGCCGGUGGAAGCUUGCGUCCAGAAGAUGCUUCUAUUUUACCUAUAAUCACCAAACAAAGAGAUAGGUUUAGGGAAAAGAACAAUGAGUUGGAAGAAGAACUCAAAAAGCAGUUGAACUUGGUUAAUGAUUUAAAAAGACAAGUAAACAGUUUGAAGAAAGACAAUGAAGAAUUAUACGAACGAACAAGGUACUUGGCAUCUUUCAACCAAAACCAACAAGCGCAAAAGUCUAGUCUGGCUGCAAGAAAGUAUUUCAACCCCAAACCAAAUGUGGAUUUGGAAAACAAUCAAUACCAACAGUUGUACGAAUCUAAAUUGCACCCAAUUGAAAGGUUUAGAAUGCGAGAGCAGGAACGAAUCAGUUCCAGAUUAUCUCCUUUAGAACGAUUAUUUGUAUCAUUAACGCGAGCAAUUUUAGCUACGAGGACAACUCGUAUGUUAUUUAUGGCAUACUGCGUCGGGUUGCAUGUUGUGGUUAUGUGUAUUACGGUAUAUGCCAUGAAUUUGAAUGCGGCGAUGAUUCCCGAAGUUGGGAUGAAUGCAAGUACUGGAGGAAUGGCAACCAACCAGGCGGGCUCACCAGAUGAGAUUCGACACGCACUUCAACAACUGUAGUAUCGUCUAUUUAAUAGUUUAAUUAUAAAUACAACAAAGGUUUUUAAGUGUAACUAGUUACUCAUUUGCUCGUACCGAUGUAAAGCAACUCACGU